AAGAAGAAAACUAAAGACGUGUGCAGAUCCACCAUUAGAGAGAAAAAGAGAGAGAGAGUUUCAGAAAUAGUGGGAUUAUGAAUAUUGAAUUAUAUUAAAAAUAAUACCCAUCUUCCUUUUAUAUAUAAACAUCUCCUCCGUUCUCUCCUGGGGCCGGUGGCCUAAGAUUUCGGACCCGGAAAAAAAAAAAAAAAAACACGAAAACCCACAUUCCCCAACCGUCGCAAUUCUUGCUCUUUGUUCUUUCUCGGUCUUUCUCCGAAUCCGGCAACGUGAGUUUUUUUUCUCACAAACGUCAGUGCCGGCAGGCAAUGUCGUCGGGUGGCCUUAAUAACACGGCCGGUAAUGCCCCGACCACCGCCUCGGCCGCCAUCGCGCUGCCCACUACGACCAGACGACGCGUCGCCGAUGGCGUCAUGGACGCCUCCGCCGCCACCUUGGCCUCACCGACCAACAUCAUCAACGUAGGCAAGAUAAACCCGGACGCGGUUGUUUCCUCGGCGGACGAGGACGAGGAGAGCGGCCCGACCUGCUGCAACGGCUCUAUGUCCGGCGCCGGGUCCCACCUCCACAGCAACCAUUAUUCUCCCGUGAUCAAGUACCUGCUGCUUCGCAGGAGAGUGUUCUUUUGUGUUCCCGAGGCGUGGCUGUUGUCGGUCCGGUCGGGGAGGAACCUCGGCAGGAAGAUCUUCGGGGCGCUAAUGUUGAUGGCGGUUGUUUCUGUGUUCUUCGCGUUUCUGGGCGGCCACGUGGAGGUUGGUGAUAGGGUGAACAGGACGGAGGGGAGGCUUUUGAUUCUGGCGACGUUACAAGAUGAUGGGACGGUGGCGCAACACGCCGUCACUGAGAACCAGGCGGCCAGGCCCAAACGGGUUUUUGAGAGAAUGUCGUUAUCGGAAUCGGAAUCGGAAUCGGAAGCGGAACCGGAACCGGAAUCCUCCAUGCCCAAACGUCUUUUGGACCAACAGAAUACGAUUCCAGAAAUAUGGAUGAAACCAAAUAGUGACGAUUUUAACAAAUGCAUAGCUCGACCCAGAAAUCGGAUAAGAACAGGAUCGAAAACAAAUGGCUAUCUCCUUGUUCAUGCCAAUGGUGGAUUGAAUCAAAUGAGAACAGGGAUAUGUGAUAUGGUAGCCGUUGCAAGGAUAAUGAAUGCUACUCUGGUGCUUCCUUAUCUAGAUCACGAGUCUUUUUGGACUGAUCCAAGUGGUUUUAAAGAUAUAUUUGACUGGAGACACUUCAUAGACGUGUUAACAGAUGAUAUUGAGAUAAUCGAGUAUUUGCCAACCCGUUAUGCAGCUCAAAAGCCCCUUCUGAAGGCUCCCAUCUCCUGGUCUAAGGCUAGUUAUUACAGAAAAGAAAUGAUACCGUUGUUGAAAAAGCAUAAGGUUGUAAAGUUUACCCACACUGAUUCGCGUCUUGCUAAUAAUGGACUUGCAAGUUCCAUCCAAAGGUUGAGGUGCCGUGCCAAUUAUGAGGGUCUUCGAUAUACAAAGGAGAUUGAGGAUCUUGGGAAAGUUUUGGUCAAUAGAUUAAGGAACAAUGGCAAUCCAUAUAUUGCUCUUCAUUUAAGAUAUGAGAAAGACAUGCUUGCUUUCACUGGCUGCAGCCACAACCUUACUGCAAAGGAAGAUGAGGAACUUCGGGAUAUGAGAUACAGUGUUAAACAUUGGAAGGAGAAAGAGAUAGAUAGUGAAGAGCGACGACUCCAAGGUGGAUGCCCAUUUUCCCCCAGAGAGGCAGCCCUGUUCCUCAAGGCCAUGGGAUACCCGUCGACAACAACAAUCUACAUUGUUGCUGGGGAGAUAUAUGGCAGCAAUAGCAUGGCUGCAUUUCGCUCUGAGUAUCCUAAUGUCUUCUCCCAUAACACUCUUGCAACAGAAGAAGAGUUGAGGCCCUUCAAGCCAUAUCAAAAUCGCCUUGCUGCCUUGGAUUACAUAGUAGCAUUAGAGAGUGAUGUCUUUGUAUAUACAUACGAUGGAAACAUGGCUAAGGCAGUACAAGGACAUAGAAGAUAUGAAGGAUUUCGGAAGACUAUUAACCCUGACAGACAAAAUUUUGUGAAACUGGUUGACCUAUUGGAUAAGGGUGAUUUAUCAUGGGAAGAAUUUUCUUCAGCGGUUACAACUCUGCAUUCUGAUCGGCUGGGAGCACCAUAUGUUCGACAGAUAGGAGAGUCACCCAGGUUGGAGGAGAAUUUUUAUGCAAAUCCUUUCCCUGGUUGUAUCUGUAACAACUCCCAGGAGCACAUUGCUCGCCUGAAAUCCGAUGAGAGACGGAGCACAAGUGUUUCAUAGCAAAGAUAAGGUGGUAGGUGAUAAUAUUUGUCUCAUACUGUGAGAAGUGCAUACCAUUGCUCAAAUGACUGCAAGCUCAAAUGGGGCUUUGGAAUGAAGUGCUUCUUUGCUUACAACAGAAACUUCACUUGCUGACUGAGUCGAGAAGUUUUGAGGUUUCCCCGUGUGAUUUGCAGUACAAGUUUCGGUUAUGUUGUACCUAGAAGCUACAGGCUAGGGAUUUAGCAAAGCGAUUCAGAAAGCAAAUAAGGCCGGGGUGUCGUAUAGUUAGGAAAAAAAUCAGUUAGUUACAUUAGCACAGAGGAAUUGCCGUUGCCCAGAACGGAGUUACAGUAAUUCAUUGAUUCAUUAUUCUUUCUUUGAUUGGGUCUAAAAAUUGUGAGAAAUGAGCAUGUUUGUGAAGCUGAAUGUAAUUUUAUACAAAGUUAUAAUAGAAGACCCACUUUCAGUCA